CCGGUGGGCGGCGUUAUAUCCGCUCACGGAUAGGAACGAUCGACCGGAAAGAUCACUCCUUUCCGCGCCGUUCUGUCCAAUGUCGGCUGAGUUAGCUAUCUUACGCUAGGUCAGAUUCUGACCAACUAGGCUCGUUAGGCGUCGAUAGUUGCAUGCGCCGCUGGGAGCGCCAGGGGUUUAUUGGCUAGAUCCUUGAAUACGGGAAUUUGAUGGCGCUAAUUGGAAGGCAUACUUCUUUGUUUGCGAUUCCUCACGAUCUAGGAGGAAUCAUUUGUACAAUCCACACAAACGCAUGUACCUGUCCUAAUUUCGAAGCUGAUGUCAUCGUUAGCUCGAAAAGUCCCUCAGUUAGAAUGGUCUAGGCUUCAGUUAGAGUGAAUCAGUUUGGCUAGUGAAAUGUGGAGAUCCUUCAAUCUGCUUCUGUAGCCAGCUUUUUUUUUCCUUUUCGAUUUUGUUUCUCUCUGUAGGCUGAAAUAAGAAAACACUCGUUUAAUAUUUUGGGGCUGCGGCCUUCUGACUUUUCUUGCCUGCUUUCGUUGAGUGUGGUGAAACGCCUUGAUUGUGGAGCAACAAUGAUUGGGGGACGGCCGGGCAUCAGUCUGGCGCUGGCCGUGGUGGUGUUUGUGUGUAUUGUUAUUACAUAUUUGGGUUCUGGGUCUACACACGGUCAGCUGAAGUCGGCUUCAAGUUCAGCAAAAUGGAUGUCGGCAGGAAAAUAUGAAAAAUCGGACGUUUUCAACGGGACGCUCGGCUUCGAGAAGGUCUUCGUUAUAGGGUUGCCAGAACGCAGUGAUAAGCGCGAUGCGUUGACCCUAAUGUCGUCGCUGACGGGUUUCAAACUAAGUUGGAUUGAUGGCGUACUUGGAAAAACAGUCUCGGACAAGGCUCUGCCAUUUGGAUGGGAUCGUCCGACAAUGUCAGAUAGCAACCUAGGGUCUUGGCGCGGCCACAUGAAUGCUAUGCGACGUAUUGUUGAGGAUAGAAUCUCAUCGGCGCUGAUAAUGGAGGACGAUAUGGACUGGGACGUCCACGUCAAAACAUUGUUGGCGCAAUUCGCCGCUGCAGCCCGCACCCUACAAAAGGGUUUCCACCGAAACCAUACAUUAGAGCCGCCGAGUCCAUAUGGCCAAAAUUGGGAUAUGUUAUGGCUGGGAUCUUGCGUGACGACGUUCGAUGAGCAUUUACCAGAACAUCUUCAAAUCCCACCUGAGCAGCGAAAUCCGAAUAAGAUUCUUAUCACCGACGACCCGACUGUACCACCAUUGGGACAUAUCCUAGCCAAUGGGUCAUUCAGCUGGGACGACUAUCCGCCACAGACACGGAUUGUAUAUGUUCCUGGGGAUAACGUGUGCAGCUUUGCGUAUGCCCUGAGCGCUAGCGGUGCAAAGAAGGCAUUGCAAUACAUGGCGCUUGAAGGGCAACAUAAGCCCUUUGAUAAUCAUCUGAGUGAUUUGUGCCGGUUGCGUGUUGAUGGGAUGCGUUGUGUGAGCAUCGUCCCAAGCUUGUUUGUACACCACCGACCCAGGGGGAAGAUUAGCGGCGACUCGGACAUAAAUAAGGGAGGCCCGGAUAGCGAGGUUCGCGAAGCCGGCUUCACAGAGAACGUAUUGUAUAGCACGCGGUUGAAUGUGAGGAAUUUGCUAAGAGGGUUGGAACCGGAGAAACAAUGGUCGGAUUGAAUGAUCGGUUACGGGUCAAUGACUAGGACUUAUGCGGGCAACGCAACGGGCGAAGGCGUUCAUUUCUGGACAUAGCCGUACUCCUUGAAGACUCAUAUAAUAACAUACUGACUUUUUGAAUUAUGAAUGUAAAGUAUUUGCCUGCAUUAUAUGGCCGGUGCUGCUGAUUUUGAUCGUUGUUUUCAUUUGACACUGUUUCUUGGUGAAUCCCGUUGUACAACAACCCUCCAAGUCCGGUUCGAUUAUGUAAUAAUAGAUACAUUUAGGUUAUCGUGGCAUGGGAAUUUCGAAUCAUCUAGUGGAUAUUCAUCUCAACAUUGGCUGGAAUAUUGAAGAAUUGACAGUCAACUUGAUAUGAAUUAUUG